ACGAUGAUUGCCAAACAAACUGCUUCUUAUGUCCUUCCAAAUAAAGCUGCUUGGCUAUAAAUACUGCUCGCUUGGCGCCUGCUCCGCUGCUCCAACGUUCACCUCCCUCUCUCUCUCGUUCAUACUUACCUAUGAACACGGCCCAGCCACAGCAUAAGACUGCUGUGCCACCGUGCAUGUGCCUCGACCUCGUCUGCCAUUGCUCGAACCCUAGAUAGCAAGAGAGAGCCUCUGCAGGUGUUUCCGGAGGCAGCUAGCCAGCCAUGAUCCCGGCCGUUGCUGAUCCGGCGACGUUGGACGACGUGGGCGCGAGCACACCGUUGCUCCCGGAGACGGACCCUCGGGGGCGUGCCGGCGCAGGGCAGAAGCGGCCGCCGCCGCCGGCGGCGACGACGACCGUUCUCCCCGCCGUCGUCUCCGCCGUGCUCCUGCUCGUCCUCGUUGCGGUCACCGUCCUCGCGUCGCAGCACGUCGACGACGGGCAGGCCGGGGGCGUCGCCGUCGUCGUUCCCGCGGGCGGCAGCGGCGGCGGCGGCCAUGCCGUCGUGCAGGAGGUGGCCGCCUCCCGUGGCGUGGCCGAGGGCGUGUCGGAGAAAUCCACGGCCCCGCUCCUCGGCGCCGGCGCCGGCGCGGUCGAGGACUUUUCCUGGACCAACGCGAUGCUGGCGUGGCAGCGCACGGCGUUCCAUUUCCAGCCCCCCAAGAACUGGAUGAACGAUCCGAACGGUCCUCUGUACCACAAGGGCUGGUACCACCUGUUCUACCAGUGGAACCCGGACUCGGCGGUGUGGGGCAACAUCACCUGGGGCCACGCCGUGUCGCGCGACCUCCUCCACUGGCUGCACCUACCGCUGGCCAUGGUGCCGGAUCACCCGUACGACGCCAACGGCGUCUGGUCGGGAUCCGCCACGCGGCUCCCGGACGGCCGGAUCGUCAUGCUCUACACGGGCUCCACGGCGGAGUCGGUGCAGGUGCAGAACCUCGCGGAGCCCGCCGACGCGUCGGACCCGCUGCUGCGGGAGUGGGUCAAGUCGGACGCCAACCCGGUGCUGGUGCCGCCGCCGGGCAUCGGGGCGACGGACUUCCGCGACCCGACGACGGCGUGGCGGGCGGCCAACGACGACACGAAUUCGAAGCAGGCGUGGCGGGUCGCCAUCGGGUCCAAGGACCGGGACCACGCCGGCCUGGCGCUGGUGUACCGGACGGAGGACUUCGUGCGGUACGACCCGGUGCCGGCGCUGAUGCACGUCGUCCCCGGCACCGGCAUGUGGGAGUGCGUCGACUUCUACCCGGUGGCCGUGGCGGCCAACAACGGGGACGGGCUGGAGACGUCCGUGCCGCCGGGGCCCGGCGUGAAGCACGUGGUCAAGGCCAGCCUCGACGACGACAAGCACGACUACUACGCCAUCGGCACCUACGACCCGGCGACGGACACGUGGACGCCCGACGACGCGGAGAACGACGUCGGGAUCGGACUCCGGUACGACUACGGCAAGUACUACGCGUCCAAGACCUUCUACGACCCCGUGCUUCGCCGGCGGGUGCUCUGGGGGUGGGUCGGCGAGACCGACAGCGAGCGCGCUGACAUCCUCAAGGGCUGGGCAUCCGUGCAGUCAAUCCCCAGGACGGUCCUCCUGGACACGAAGACGGGCAGCAACCUUCUCCAGUGGCCGGUGGUGGAGGUGGAGAACCUCCGGAUGAGCGGCAAGCGCUUCGACGACGUCGCGCUGCACCGCGGAUCGGUCGUGCCCCUCGACGUCGGCAAGGCGACACAGUUGGACAUCGAGGCCGUGUUCGAGGUGGACGCGGCGGCCGUGGAGGGCGUGACGGAGGCCGACGUGACGUUCAACUGCAGCACCAGCGCCGGCGCGGCGGGGCGGGGCCUGCUCGGCCCGUUCGGCCUUCUCGUGCUGGCGGACGAGGACUUGUCCGAGCAGACCGCCGUGUACUUCUACCUGGUCAAGGGCACGGACGGCAGCCUCCAAACGUUCUUCUGCCAAGACGAGCUCAGGGCAUCCAAGGCGAACGAUCUGGUUAAGAGAGUAUACGGAAGCUUGGUCCCUGUGCUAGAUGGGGAGAAUCUUUCAGUCAGAAUACUGGUUGACCACUCCAUCGUGGAGAGCUUUGCUCAAGGCGGAAGGACGUGCAUCACGUCGCGCGUGUACCCUACACGAGCCAUCUACGACUCCGCCCGCGUGUUCCUCUUCAACAACGCCACAGAUGUGCACGUCAAAGCAAAAUCCGUCAAGAUCUGGCAGCUCAACUCCGCCUACAUCCGGCCGUAUGAAGCGAGUUCUCUAUGAGCGAAGUGACAGGCAAUGCAAACAGUUGCAUGCUUCCAUGAACUCAUUCGUAGAGUAGUGAUUGUUUAAUUUAUAUUUAUUUGCUGCCUUUUUUCUUAUACAUUUUGUGGAACUAUAUGGUACACAAGUAGCACAAUGAAACCCCAUAGGGGAACAAAGCUUGUGUGUAGGACCCUCAUCCAUGUUAGAACGUGUGGCGUGCGCAAAUGUCCACUUAGUUCUUACAUGAUAUGUCAGUGCUUUCGGCAGCUUUUUUUAAAGAAAGAUAAAGAGGCAGAGUGUGAUCUUUGUGACCACCAUUUAUUAAACGAAUGACGGGCAAAAGUAUACUGUAUGUACUAUUGUUUCUACUAGUGUGGAGAGGAGCUUCUAUGAAGAAUAUAUAAAGGGACUUAUUA